UUAUCAGUGCUCGAGUUAUAACAGCAGCUGGCAUGAAAGACGAAGGUGAAAAGAACCGCUCUGAGAGUCAAAGUGAAGAUACGAAACAAAAGACGGAAGCGAACAACAACAAAAGCAAUCAGGAUAACGGAAGCAGCAAAAAGGAAAGCGACGAAAACGUUCCGUCCACUGAACUCGUUUCAGAACUGACAAAAGAAAGAGACGAUUUGAAACAACAGCUUGAAGAUCUUCUUGAGAAAUAUAAUAACGUGGAAGACGAGCUUCAAGUUGUGAAAACUGCAAACAAAGAGCAGGAAGAUGCCAUGAAUAAACUUCAGAAAAGAAACCAGCUUUUGGAAGACAGAAACAUCGCAAACCAGGAGGCUACGCAGCGUUUGAUACGACUAGAAUGCGAGAAAAGAGAAUUGGACGAUAAAUUUGAGCAGAAAGAUAAGAAGUUUAACGAAUUGAGCAAGAAAUACGAAAAAAUUCGCGAGAAAGCUGCAUCUUAUGAUGGUUUAGAAGAGAAGGUGUUGUAUCUAGAGAAAGAACGCAAAACUAGUCAAACACUGUGUAGAAAGUUAGAAGAACAAUUAAAACAAUUGCAAGAAGCUCACGAGGCGCUUAAAUUGAAAGAUUUGAGUGAAGAUAGGACUUCUAUUGCUGAGAGGGAUGAAAAUGGCUCUAAAGGUGCUUCAAACAAACGACACUCUUCAAAUGAAGUUGUAGAUGAAAACGAAAGAAAGUUAUCGUUAAACAAACUUGAAAACAAAGUGGCACAUUUAUCUGAAGAGCUGGACGUAGCUCAGGCUGAGAUUCAGAGACUGAACACGACCAUCAGUUCUCAAGUGGAAGACUUGGAAGAAAUGGAGCGAAUUAGUGAGCAUAAAAAGAAACUGGAAACUAGAUGUAAGGGUCUCGAGGAACAAUUGGUUGAGCUGGAACACGAAGGGACGCAGAGGGAAUACGAGAUCGAUGAAAUGGAAGAGGAUAUACUGGAUUUACAGGGGAAACUUGAAAAGUCUCAUAUGGAGUUACGUACUGUUUUGGAUGAGAAUAAGACGUUAAAACAGCGGCUGGAGGGAGGCGAGAGGACACGCGGAAAGAUAAGGGAUAUUAGUGAGCAUAAUAGGUCAAUGAAGAUGGUUAAUGGUAACGAGGGGGCUUCUGGUGUUGCCAUGAAACCAAAAUUAGAAGAAAAAGAGGGAUCUCCAAAAACGAGGGACAUUGCCGAUCAACACCCAUCUCAUGAGGUCACAAACGGUGACAAAGGAUCACCUAGGGUGAUAACGAGGAAGAGAUCGGCGGAGCGUCACGAGGAAAGAACGACAGAUCGCGUAGCCAAGUCAGCUGGAAUGACGAAUGGCAGAGAAAUUUCCGAUGAUGACGUCGACGACGCUGAUCUCUUUGAAGACGACGGAGUGUUUUCAGAAAAAUAUUAUCAGUUAGAAAAAGAAAUUCAAGAACUUUUGACGGAGAAAUUUGGCGAGGAAGGGAGUCCACGUGAGGGUGAAGAGUCGGCCAGAGGAACUGCGAAUACCGAGGACACUUCAAAUCCCGUAGAUAGAACAAGGCAUAAAACAUCUCUGCCUCAAAACAUGGACAUCAAACAGCUUCGACAGCUCAGUCGAAAACUCAUGAAAGCCAACAAAUGCUUGUUGCAGGUAAACGAAAGACUUCAGAAGGAUAAAAAAGAUAUUGAGCGGGAAAACGAACGACUUGGACAAAAAUUACAAGCGCUGGAGAAAGAAAAUGAUACGUUUAAACGACUGUUUAAGGCCGAAGAUAAACUUAAUUCCGUGGAUACGAUUUUGAGUAAAGACACGAUUGAAGCCUUGAAGGCAGAACUCGGUAGUCAAGGCCAGGAAAUAUCGAAUCUUAAGAAGGUAGAAGAUGUAAAACCAACGAAUGAGAUGGCAGAAAUCUCCCAGAGUGAUGCCGAUAUUCAACUGCUUGAAAUGAAAAUUAAAACGAUGAAAAAUGAUAAAUCGUUGAUGGUAGAUAAAUACGAAAAUGAACUUGAGGAAUCGCAUAACUUUUACGUUGAAGAGCAUCAGAAAUUAAAGAUAUUUUACGAAGAACGUAUCGCAUCGGCUGAGAAGCAAAAUGAAAAUCUCAAAUCUCAAAUCAACGGUUUAAUGUCAUUUAACGACAACAAGAAGAACAAUUGCGAAGUUCACACGAAAGAACUGAACGAUUUGAAGCGUUUGCAUCAGGAAGAACUGCAAGAAGUUGAGAGGAAUUUAGCUUUGACUCUGUCACAACAACUUCACUCGCUUACAAACUUAUCAGAGCAGGAGAAGUCGACCAUUACGAAGGAAAAAGACGCCGAGAUAGCAAAGUUAAGUGACAAUUGUCGAGAGUUGAAAGAGGUUAUAACGAAUCUACAAGAACAGGUUGGAAAUUAUCCAGAACUUUUAGAGAAAUGCGAAGAUUUAGAAAAACAGUUGAACGAAAAGAAAGAGCGUUUCGAUGCUCUAGAGAAAGAAGUUGAACGGCAAGAACAACAACAAUGUAAUAUUUGUGAACGAUUGAGAAGUCGUGUUCGGGAACUUGAAAACGAGCUUGUUGCUUUGAGAAAGCUUGAGGAGGACAACAUCUUACUCGCAGGCGAAAAUGAGAAGCUGAUUGAUCAGUUGGAAACCGAAAAACAGAAAUGUGAUUUGAUGACAAAUAACAAUCAGCCAGACAGCGAGUCUAAACUCGUGAUGGAGGAAUUUCACAACGAGAAGAGCCCAUCAAAAAUAAAAGAAAACUCGAAAAAGUAUUUGAAAAAGCGAGUUUCGCAGCUCGAAAACGAUUGUAAGGAUUUGUGGAAGAAACUACAAAAUGAGGUUUUAAAAAGCAAGAAACAAGAGCUGGAAAUCAAUCGGGAGACGACGGAGAAAGAACGUAUCCUGCAGGAGCUUCACCGAACUCGUAUUUCAAAUAGCCACGAGAACGAUGCUCGUCACAAGAAGGCGAGCGAUGUUUCCAUACACAGUUCAAACAACGAAGACGAAACAGGCUCAAUAAACGAGGACAAAGAUAAUGAUUAUUCUCUGCUGAAAGAAAAAUUGAAGAAGUCCCAAAAUAGGACGCAUUUAUUACAGACUGAGAUAGACAGAUUACGAGAGAGUUAUUCCAAUAAUCUUAGCAAAGAACUGGAAGAUAUGGAGAAUAAAUGGACACAGAGACUAAGACGAGAAUGCAACGCUGUUCAUUCCGAAAUGGCGGAGGAAUUCAGAAAACAAAAAGAAGCCUGGAAGAAAAAGGAAUCUGAACUUCACUGUGUUAUUAAAGAACUCCAAAGUCAAAUCGAGGAAACAGAAAUUGAACGGAAACGCUUAGAAAUUGAACUUAAUGAUAUAAAAUCAAAAAGAGAAAGCGAUAAGAAAACUGCUGAAUAUUAUACGGAGGUUCAGCCUCACGAAAACAGCAAUAGAGAUAGCGCAGCUUUGGAAAAAGAAGAGAGUCAAGCUCAAGAAUACAUCAGUGAUAGGGAUUUGCGUCGUUUGGCUUACAAACUCAAGAAAGAUCAAUGGCUGCGUCUCGCGAAACUUCUUUCACUCUCAGAAGCCGAAAUUCGUGAAAUUGAUCACCUCAAGGUAGGGAAAGAUGAAAAAGCGUUUCGGGUGCUGAGUGAAUGGCGAACUAGUACCGAGGAAGCGAGCGGUAACCAAGUGUCGAAGUUGGCGUUAGCCUUGGAGGAAAUUAGACGCAAAGAUUUAGCGCAGUUUGUCAUGGAACAUUGUAUGGCUGGUAAGAUUAGAAAUAAGUUGGUUGGAACGUAGCCAGAGAUUUGGUUCUUCGUUAGGCUCUUCUCAUAAACAUUUAUUGCGAAGUUUUACAUUGUUUCUAUCAUAAUGGUCCUGAGAUUGUGGUCGCGUUGAUGUUGAUUUGAUAUGAUGGUAAUAUAGGUGAUUUCAUGGUGAAAGUGAUGGUGAUUAUUAUAGUGUGGUGGUGGUGGUGGAGGUGAAGAUAUAAUGAUAGGCGAAAGCAAUAUAAGUACGAGGCCGUUUGGUUUAUUGGCUGUGCAAAGUUCUUAAACCCUAUAUAAAUAAAGAUUACUGAUUGAUUGAUUAUU